CUUCCUGGCUUUAAGUUUUAGAUUAAAAUGUAUAUAUGUUUAAUAAUGAAGGUUCAUCUUAUCUUUAGUUUCCUGUGAAGACGUAAACUGACCUGCUGAAAGUGAUGAUGUCACCGAUCAAUUUCUAUUAGUUAUAAAAUCAUGACGUGAUCCAUCCAGGGGUCGUGACCCUUAGUUUUGGAACCACAGCUGUAUUUAAACUGUUCCUGCUUCUGAUACUUUCCUAGGAACCAAGAUUUAAAUCACCGAAGAGGGUGUUUGAGUGAACGUUGUCAGUGACUCACAGACUGCCGCUGCUUUUUCCAGUUUUAUGUCUCACAAAUUAAAAUACUUAUUAGAGUUUCCCAAAACACAUGUUCCAAUACAAACAUAUUCCUCACCUAUUAAACUUAAAAACAAAUUAAAAAGACAAUUAGGAUAUCUUGACUUCUCUGGGCCGCUCCGAUCUGUUGUGUGGAGGGUCCGGCCCCUCGGUGUGGAUAUGGUUUGAGACAGUGGUGCCUCUGUCACAGUUUGAAUUUGGUUCUGUAAGUUCACACUCGUUUAUGACUGAAUUAAUAGUUUUUUAUGAUAAAUUCAGUCAUAAUAACUCAAGUUGAAAUCCAGCUCCAACUGUAAAAUGCUCAGAAUUAAUUACAUUUAUAAUAAAAGAAAACCACAAGGGACAUGUUUCUGCAGAACAAAGACUUUGACUUUUAAUACUUUCAGUGCAUUUGGUUGAUAGUCGUAGUAAAUUCAUAUUUCAGUAUAAUUCUGGGGACUUGCACUGCAGCUGUUUUGAUAACUCUGCUUUCUGGAGCCGCUGCAGCAGGAGUCAGAGUCUGGACAUGUGACCGUUUACACAGGAAGAGGAGGCAAGGAAUGAGUCACAGAUUCCUCCUCCAGGAGAUAGACUGAUCCACUCAGCUGCAGCUGCAGGGGAGUCACCUCCUCCUGCAGGACAUACCCCGAUCCCGCCAGCUUCACCUCCUCCUCCUCCUCCUCCUGUGCACCAUGCCGUGCUGCCGUGUUCUCGGUCUGUGUCAGUAUGAAACCAGCAAGCUGGUCCGGAUCCAGAGCGUCCGGCUCGGGUCUCUGAAGUGGAGCCUGAACGGAGCCAUUCUGCUGGUGAUCUGUGUCAUGAUGCUGUGGAACAGGAAGUACCAGGAGUUUGACCCGGUCGUGAGCUCGGUCACCACCAAGGUGAAGGGUGUGGCCCAGAUGCUCCUGCCUGGGGUCGGGGACGUGGUCUGGGACGAGGUGGACUACAGCGGAGCCUCUCAGAACAAAAACUCUUUCUUCGUGGUGACAAAUGUUAUCGUGACAAAGAAUCAGAAGCAGGGGAAAUGCCCAGAGGAUCCCAGGAACGGCCGGAUGUGUAAGACUGAUCGAGACUGUGAGAGAGGAGCCUGGGACCAACAGAGCCACGGUAUUCACACGGGAUCGUGUGUGAAGUUUGACAAGUUGAAGAAAACCUGCGAGGUGUCCGCCUGGUGCCCGAUAGAAACCGAGACCAGAGCUCCGAAACCUGCUCUUCUGGCAGCAGCUGAGAACUUCACCGUCCUCGUCAAGAACAACAUCAGAUUCCCUGCGUUCAACUUCAUCCGGAGGAACAUCCUCCCGAAGAUGAACGAAGCCUACCUGAGGAGCUGCCAGAGGGUGAACGACUCGCUGUGUCCCAUCUUCAGGUUGGGAGACAUGGUUCGAGAGGCGGGGGAGAAGUUCUCUGACAUGGCCUUAGAGGGUGGCGUCAUCGGCAUGCUGAUCAAGUGGGACUGUAACCUGGACUGGCUGACGCGGCUCUGCCUGCCCAGGUACUCCUUCAAACGCCUGGAUGAGAAGGAGAGCAACAAGACGCUGUCCCCCGGCCUCAACUUCAGAUUCGCUAAGUACAACACAGUGAACGGGGGGGAGGAGAGGACGCUCUACAAGGCGUUCGGCAUCAGGUUUGACGUCAUGGUGUUCGGACAGGCGGGAAGAUUCAGCUUCAUUCAGCUCAUCGUCUACAUCGGAUCCACGCUGUCGUACUACGCUCUGACCACCGUGUUUCUGGACUGGCUGAUUGGAACCAGCUGUUACUCUUCAGAGGUCGGACACAACUACUCCCAGAGGAAAGUGGAGUCGGUCCAGGACCAACAGAAGUGCGUCCUGUGUGUGUCGCACGUGGACGAGAACAACAUUCGACUGGUGAAGAAAUCCCUGAAGAAAAGUUUACAAGACGUCAAACCAGUGUCUGUUCUGCCACGUCAGCAGGAGGACACAGGACACCUGAGAGCCGUCCUCUGUCUCUUACAGCCGGGUGUCCACAUUAAUCACGACGCUUGUCCUCCCCCCGACCAGGAAGCCGACCCCAAGCCCAAAGCCCCCCGUCCGGCCUGGUGUCGGUGUAACUGCUGCGCUCCCUCCUCUCUCCCACAGGAGGAGCUGUGCUGCAGGAGGAGGGACGGCGCCUGCAUCACCUCCUCCCCUCUGUUCAAGCAGCUGGUGCUCCAUCGCCCCCUGUUGGAGGCUGUCCUACUAUACAGGGACCCCUUGUCUCCGCCUGUGGACGGAGCCCUCACCUCGGCCCUGCGUCACUGCGCGUACGGACAGUACAUCAGCUGGAGAUUUGGGCUCCCGCCUCCCGACGCCCACCCUGCCAUCCCCUCCUGCUGCGUGUGGAGGGUCCGGGAGUCGUACCCGAGCCCGGACGGACGGUACAGCGGCUUCACGCCUGCCAGGACAAACCUGUAGGAAGGAUCUUCUAUUUCCCCAUUUCACUGUUUAAGCAGCAUUUUGCCUAAAGGGACAGUGUGACACAGAAAAAAAGCAAAAUUACUGUUUUACAAUUUAGCUUUUGUACAAACUAAGCAACUGACAUACUAUCUUUUAAGCCACUGACAGGUUGGUUUCUAACCUAGGCUAGAGGCUUCCCUCUCCAGUCUUUAUGCUCAGUCCCACGUUAUCAUGGACACAAACAAUCCGACUUUUGACCUUAUUCUCAACGUUUCAUUUAUUAAUAUUUUAUUUGCAAGGAAGAAAAACAUGCUUGAAAGUUUUCAGCUGUGCAUCCUGAACUGCAUCAAAACUAACAGAGCUACUUAUAAUAAAGAAAAAUACAUUUAAUUAAAAACUAAUAAUAUCAAUGAAGAAAAUACACUGUAAAGGAAUUCAUAUGUUCUUGGAUCAGAAGUAAGGACAUGUAUCAUAAAUCCAAACUAAUCUAUUAACUUAUAAAACAUCUUGUGAAUGAGAUUCUUUAAUUUGUGAUGUUUACAUGAGUUGCUAAUAGAAUAUUCCACUCAU